CCGUCCGUCCGGUGAUUCACACUGCGUACUAUACAGUGCGUGUUUAUUGUUCUACACGAGUGUACGGUGUGGUUUUACUCUCUAUUUGAUUUUUUUUAUUUUAUUUUCUACGAUAUUAUUGAGUGCAGUGCAUCUUCCACUUUGUCUCCGUCGUUCGUCUAUUCAUCGCGCGCUCGAGAAUUCCGCUGAAUUAUCCAAAGAAAACCACUUUGAAUGGUACGACAUAUAAAAUGAUGUGGUUGGAGAGCGGCAAAGUCCACAACCUGGACGACUCAGAUGACAGCGACAGCGUGAGCAGCGGCGAAGAAAUACCGAUUUGGGUGCGAGGCGAGCAGCGAUUCGUCUCUGGAAUAUCCGAGGAAACCACCUGCCAGGACGUCAUACACGUUCUGUUGCAGGACGAAGAAAUACGAGGAAGACCAAUUGCAGCUCCAGACCAAUACCACAUAACAGAAAGAUGGCGAGGGGUGGAACAACCACUAGACCCAUUUUCUCACAUUCUAGAUAUUUGGAACGCAUGGGGAACAGCUCAAACAGAGGUAAAAAUAUCAUUGAGAAGAAUAAAAAAUGAUGGAAGAAGUCGAAGGCCACGAUGUAAAUCUGACUGCAGUCAAUGGUCCGAUAAGAGUGCGUGGAAAACGAUUCACCCGAAACGUUUGCAUCAGAUGCAAAACGAAAAACAACCCUCCAGUACCGAAGAACUUCUCAAACUAGUCCUAGCUCAAGGUGAAGUUAUUAAAAGACAACUGAGAAAAUUAAGGCAUAGUGAACACCAGAUUGGGUGCCUGGAAGAUAAAACCCAUAGGGCUAGAAUACGUAAGCACGGUAGUAAUUAUUUAUUGGAAACAUAUUUGAAGAGUUUAUCGGAGGCCGUGGAACCAGAUGCCGAGACCUUGGGCGUGGACAAGAAUAGCGACAGCGGAGUCAUGACUGAAGGAGACAGUGAACAGUCCAAUCCAAACAACAAAACCACAAGAACCGCUGAGGACUUCGGAAGACUGUCGCCAACCUCAGAAGACUUCAACAAAGAAUUAAAAGACGACGACACCAGUUCAACUGUAAGCGAAGCUACAGUCCGAGAACAGGUGGAGCUUCUGGAGAAGAUCGCGAAGCUGAACAAAAGGUUGUUACGAGAGGAGGAGCGUCUGGUUCGUUUGGACGCUAAUCUGAGGAAGUACGACAAAAACAAACCUAAUGAGAAUGAAGAAAUAACGAAAACGUUGUGUAAAAUUCGAACGGACAUGACGAAAAGUGCCUGCGAGAUGCAACACAACGAAAUCGUUUUGGAGGAAACUAUGGACAUGUUAGAGAAGAGGCGGAAUUUUUUAGACAAUUUGUACAGUGAUCUUCUGCACGAGGAUCAGGAAUAUGAGAUGCUGCAAGCGUUGUUAUAUAGUAGCACGCCUCAGAAGUCUAAUAAGGACUGUGCCCCUAGAAAUUUAUAUCAUACCAAAGAAUUGCUGGAUACCCUAGUUUAACACUUAUUUUUCUUAUUCACUUUAAUUAUACCAAAUAUCUCGUACCUAAUAGAUUUUAACAUAAUUCUAGUUAAUUUAAAUAUUGUUAGUUGUUGAAAUAAAUCAUAUAUUUUAUAAAGA